GCCGCCGCCGCCACCGCGCAUUGUGCAGCAGGCGUCCCCGAGAGGCAGGCCCAUAGACCGGCGUACUCCCGGGGAUGGUGAGCAAGGCGCUCCUGCGCCUCGUGUCUGCCGUCAACCGCAGGAGAAUGAAGCUGCUGUUGGGCAUCGCGCUGCUCGCCUACGUCGCCUCUGUUUGGGGCAACUUCGUUAAUAUGAGCUUUCUACUCAACAGGUCUAUCCAGGAAAAUGGUGAACUAAAAAUUGAAAGGAAGAUUGAAGAGAUUGUUGAACCACUUAGAGAGAAAAUAAGAGAUUUGGAAAAAAGCUUUACUCAAAAAUACCCUCCAGUAAAAUUUUUAUCAGAAAAGGAUCGUAAAAGAAUUUUGAUAACUGGAGGAGCAGGGUUCGUGGGUUCCCAUCUUACUGACAAACUCAUGAUGGACGGCCAUGAGGUGACUGUGGUGGACAACUUCUUCACGGGCAGGAAGAGAAACGUGGAGCACUGGAUCGGCCAUGAGAACUUUGAGCUGAUUAACCAUGAUGUGGUGGAGCCCCUCUACAUUGAAGUUGACCAAAUAUACCAUCUGGCCUCUCCAGCCUCCCCUCCAAAUUACAUGUACAACCCCAUCAAGACACUAAAGACCAAUACAAUCGGGACGUUAAACAUGCUGGGGCUGGCAAAGCGAGUCGGUGCUCGACUGCUCCUGGCUUCCACCUCGGAGGUAUAUGGAGACCCUGAAGUCCACCCUCAAAGUGAAGAUUACUGGGGCCAUGUGAACCCAAUAGGCCCCCGAGCCUGCUACGAUGAAGGCAAACGUGUUGCAGAGACCAUGUGCUACGCCUACAUGAAGCAGGAAGGCGUGGAAGUGCGAGUGGCGAGAAUCUUCAACACCUUUGGGCCGCGCAUGCACAUGAAUGACGGGAGGGUCGUCAGCAACUUCAUCCUGCAGGCGCUCCAGGGGGAGCCGCUCACGGUGUAUGGAUCCGGGUCACAGACCAGGGCUUUCCAGUACGUCAGUGACCUGGUGAAUGGCCUGGUGGCUCUCAUGAACAGCAACGUCAGCAGCCCUGUCAACCUGGGGAACCCAGAAGAACACACAAUCCUAGAGUUUGCUCAGUUAAUUAAAAACCUCGUUGGUAGUGGAAGUGAAAUUCAGUUUCUCUCUGAAGCCCAGGAUGACCCGCAGAAAAGAAAACCAGACAUCAAAAAGGCGAAGUUGAUGCUAGGGUGGGAGCCUGUGGUCCCAUUGGAAGAAGGUUUAAACAAAGCAAUUCACUACUUCCGGAAAGAACUUGAGUACCAGGCAAAUAAUCAAUACAUCCCCAAACCAAAGCCUGCAAGAAUUAAAAAAGGACGGACGCGCCAUAACUGAAGACCUCCUUCUUGGGACCAGGACUCCCUGUGUCACACUGAUAGGAUGUAUUUUUUUUUUCUUUUUUAUUUUUCUUAAAGAGAGACUUAAACAGGUGUCAUGAAGAACAAACUGGAAUUUUAUUCUGAAGCUUGCUUUAAAGAAAUGGAUGUGCCUAAAACUCCCCUCAAAAACCUGCAAAUUUUGCCUUGCACUUUUUACCGUAUUUUGCAAUGUAUAAUGCGCAUUUUUUGCCCAAAUUUUUGAGGGAAAAUAAGGAUGAGCAUUAUACAUGGGUAUAAUAAUUGAAUACCAUGGGUGUAAUAUUCCCAAGUACAAUGUGCACAAAAACGUGGGUGCACAUUAUACGUGGGAGUGCAUUAUACCCGGCAAAAUACAGUAAAUCAGUCUUUUUAUGUAAAAUAGCAUAGCUGCAUCUGUGUAUUUUCGAGUUUUUUACCUUGCUGUGAGAGCAUAUGUUGUGACUGUCAUUGACAGUUUUAUUUACUGGUUUCUUUGUGAAGCUGAAGAGGAACAUUAAAUGGAGUGAAAAUGCUGAUUUUAUUUAUAAAACUGGUACCUAUAAAUGAGACAUUUUACUAUGCAUAAAGAAAAAAAAUAAUAGUAUUGUCAGGUGGAUGGUGCACCGGCAUUUAUUCUUGGGAUAGAUGAAAGAAUUCUGUUUGAGAGCUUUAUGUUUCUUUUAAUUCAGAAUUUUUCCAAGGUCCAGUUUUUGGUUGCAAACUUGACUUUGAAAUAUUUCUGUUGGUUAUCAUGAUUAAGGAUAUUUGAAAUCACUACUGUGUUG